AUGCCCACUUCCGGAUUGGAGCCACAAUGGGCAACGUGGCCAGCCAACGUAUCGCAGUGGGAACAUCGCUGCGACCCAACCGGCCGGCGAGCGUGGGUACCAUCGCCUGAGACGGAGACUUUCCCGCUACCGACCUUUGAUGAAACCAUCCCUCCCGUUGUACCUAACGUACAGCGCCCGCAAGCAAGAGGCGACAGGCGCGAGAGCAGGCGGAGACGGCCUGCCGAGGACGACCCGUUUAAGCGCAAGUCAACCAAUAUUACCAUCGGAUUGCUCUCAUUUAUUCGUAAGCGCGUAUUCGGCAAGAAAGACCCGAGUCACGAUCGACGGCGCGCGGACAAUUGGCCGAGCCUCAAUGAAGGGCGGCACGUCGUUACACCUGCUGAAUGGAGAGCGUAUGGCUAUUGGGCCCGUCCGCGAGUCGGCCCAGUCCUCGUACAUAAUGCUACACCGCCGCCUUCUCCACGCAACUUGUCUCAUGAAGAGAUCGAGGAGAUUAUGCAGUCCCUCUUGGACGAAAGAGGUGAAUGGCACACCGAAAAUUGGGUCCCGCGUGUCGAGCACCCAGCUCUACCACCGCGCCCUGCGAUAUGGCACACACCACGACCGAGUGCCCUUCAUCUUCCCUCAACCGCUCUGCAACUUAAUCCGUAUCUUCAGCACCGCCUGCUCGGGCGGCCUCCCGUCCUGUUCGACAUGCGUAACGAGCCGGUCGGAGUGGAGCUUGGGGAGCUCCCGCCCGCCAUCCCAGGAGGGGAACCCAUGCACAUCUUGUUCUGCCCAAACGGCCCGGAUGGCGCGCAACCCGCAACGUAUCCCCCAGUGUCUGAACUGUACAUAGGCGCCCUAGCGGACGAUAACUGUGAUCCGUUUCCCUGGCCCAUGUUGGUCUUGCCACAUCAUUCGGAACUCCCGGUCAUGGUCAUGGACGUCCUGAGUGCGCUCAUUGCGAACUUCGAAGAACUCAUGACGCCAGAAGAGGUCGCGGCGCUGUCGGAGCAGCGCCGGCAACAUAUGUAUCGGGCGUACUGGGAGCGCGCGCGCAUGAUGGUUAGCGGGCGAAUACCGGGUGACGACGACGGCCUGCGGCGGAUUGAUUACCUCGGAGACAGGCCGUUCUUCAGAGGACUGGAGCCAGCCCCGGAUGGGAACGGGUUCAUUCUGUUCGUUGGUCCGUCGCACUGA